AGCAACGCUUGCAGGGGAUAUUUGAGGCACCAUCCCUCCCUGCUCCCAAAUCAUUCCCAGCACUAGGAGAGCAGAUCAAGUUGCACUCUCAGUGAGAAGAGCUAGGGACAGGGCUGCAGCAGUACAAGCUGAUCGUUCUCUCUCAGUCGCUCACAGGCACCCAGUGAACAGUGUUAAGGUUUAAAGAGACACAAGACCAUGUGCGUAGAACUUCUCAACAGACUGGUAACUCUGGGGCUGGUGUUCGCAAGCUUUAGCGCAGCCUUUGGAACAGAUGCUACAGAUCUGCCUGAAAACGCUCAGGAGAGAGACAAGCUGCCUGGACAGCAAAAAGGACGACUUUCCCUGCAGAACACAGCUGAGAUACAGCACUGCCUGGUGAGUGCAGGAGAUGUCGGAUGUGGGGUCUUUGAAUGCUUCGAGAACAAUUCAUGUGAGAUCCGAGGAUUGCACGAGAUCUGCAUGACCUUCUUACACAACGCUGGGAAAUUUGAUGCUCAGGGGAAGUCAUUUAUAAAAGAUGCUCUGAAGUGCAAAGCUCAUGCACUGAGACACAAGUUCAGCUGCAUCAGCCGUAAGUGCCCCGCCAUAAAGGAGAUGGUGUACCAGCUGCAGCGGGAAUGUUAUGUCAAGCACGACCUCUGCUCUGCUGCCAAGGAAAAUGUCCAAGUGAUUGUGGAGAUGAUUCACUUCAAAGACCUCCUGUUACAUGAGCCUUAUGUUGACUUAGUGAACCUGCUGCUGACCUGUGGAGAAGAAGUGAGAGAUGCCAUUACACGCAGUGUGCAGUCACAGUGCACUCAGAACUGGGGAAGCCUCUGUUAUAUCCUAAGCUUUUGUACCUCUGCCAUGCAGGGAGAUAGUGCUGCUGUGCUGAGCCCCAGUCCAGCUAAAAAACAAGGAGACCCCAUCAAACCUUUCCGCAGCCACAGUGAGCCUCCUUCUCAGGGUGAUGCAGAACGUGAUGGUGCCAAAUCCUCCAAAAAUGAUAAGGAUAAAAAUAUCAAAGCACAUUCCAAUUUUCAUGCCCGUGCCAAGACUGGUUACAGCCCAAAACUGUCAUUUAAUGCCAUGGAACGGGCUGAUGAGCCGGCUGGUUUAUCAGACAUCCGAAGGUGAAAGAAUAACUUCCAUCAGAAUGCUCCAGUUGCCCUUCUGGUGAGAAGCCCUUCAUACACUUUCUAUGGACAUUCCAAGGUAUUAACCAUUCAUGAAGGCAAAGCUAUGCCUGCAAUAAGUGCUGGAAUUCCUCAGCUGUAUCACUAGCUCCCAAGGAGAGGAGGGAGCAGAUAUCAUAGUUUCCUAUUUACACAAUUAAAUACUGUUUUAUAUUUUAAUUAUAGUAAAUCUCGAAUAUCUCUGAAGACGUUUGGCUCUGCUGAUUAAAUUAUUUAACUGAGAUGUUGGGUUAUCACUAAAGCUACCUAAUAGUGUGUACAACAUGUAGGGUCAUUAUAUUGUCUUCCCCGUUCCUCUCUGGGUUCCCACCUGAAAGCCAACACAAGAGAAUAAGGGAAAAAAAGAAGCAUGAUCCUGCGCCGAUAUGAAUCCAAGCAAAACAUUGAAUGUCUUGUUCAACCAAUCACCUCAGCAUGCAUGAUAUAUAUAAUUAUUAUUUCAUAUUACAAGGAUAUAUUUCCUUAUCGUUAUAUAAGGAAUACUGCUGCCAUGGUGUGUGUGUGUGUGUUUGUGUGUGUGUGUGUGUGCAUGUGUGGAUUUACACAUAUAUGGUGCACAGGUGUGUUCAUAUAUUGAUGUAUACAUCCGAAUGUGUGCGGGUCUUUGGUUUGUGUGAUGUUAAAUGUUUUUGUUUGUUUACAUGUAUUCCUACUGGGUCAGUUGUUGCUGUUCAUGUACAUAUUUAAUGCAAUAUUUAUUGUAUUGUUCUUCCUUAAGCACACAUAUAGAUAUAGACGAAUCCGUACACAUGGACACACUUCCUAUAUACACACUCAAAGUAUCCUACUCCAGUGCAGAGAGAUACUGUUUUUGGUUUCUUUUUGUUUUUGUUUGUUUGUUUUUUUUAGCCAUCACCUUUCCUGCCUUGUGUUGUACAUAAUUUAUGCCACUAGUCCAUUUUGUUAAGCGACCUAAUGUAAUUUUAUACAGUCCUGUAAUGUUGUUGACAUCAUAACACAUUAUUUAUUGCUAUAAUUAUUUUAUUAUUAAUAAACUUUGUGUCAUUGAGAGCUG